CCGACCGACCUCUGGCCAUUUUCGGCAAUUAUUCAUCAUACGCAAUAUUGCACACAAAGUAUACCUAUCGACCCUUACCUACAGGUACAUCGGGUCAGCUAUCCUGGUCUCGAAUCGCAUCCAACACAUGCUGCUGCAAAGAAAUAUAUGAAAAACUGGAGUGGAAUGAUUGGUUUCGAUGUCGGAACAGCUGCAAAUGCUAUUAAAGUUGUUGAGUCAGUACGUUUGAUUGUGCAUGCAGUAUCAUUGGGUGGGACAGAGUCAUUAAUGGAGCAUCCACUUUCAAUGACACAUGGUGGGGAACUUUUGAGGGAAGUUAAGGAGCCUAUGGUCCCUCCAGGAUUGAUUCGACUGAGGUGAGA